UGCACGCGCCUCCUUGUUUACUAUCUUCCUAUUGUGCAAGAAGGUGGGAUUCUUGAAAUCCAAUUUGCUGGCUGCCGCCCACCACGCUCUCCCACUGGCUGAGCUUACUUAUUAAGCACGAAGCUGAAGUUCGGAGCUGCAGACUGUAAACCGCCAGACUCCACCAUCAUCAGUAACUGCCAUCCAGCCUUUUUUUACGCCAUAGGAUCUUCCACGCAAUCAUUUUUCCCCUUAACUUUGGGAUCGGACUUUUCAGGAUGACCAGUAAAAUAAACUUCGUUCGGUCGCUGAUGAAGGCGCCACUGCUGGCCAAUGUUCCAAAACACAUAGAUCAUUUCUCCAAGUUCUCCCCUUCUCCUCUGUCGAUGAAGCAGUUCUUGGAUUUCGGUUCAACCAAUCCCUGCGAGCGCACAUCAUUUGUCUUUCUUCGUCAGGAGCUUCCUGUCCGUCUCUCUAACAUCAUGAAGGAGCUUAACCUGCUGCCUGACCGGCUCCUGGCCACACCCUCUAUCCAGCUAGUGCAGAACUGGUACAUUCAGAGCCUGAUGGAGAUCUUAGAAUUUCUAGACAAGAACCCAGAUGACCAGAGAGUCCUUGAGACGUUUGUGGAGGUGUUGGAGGCUGUCCGGAACCGGCACAAUGAGGUGGUUCCCACCAUGGCUCAGGGGGUCAUAGAAUACAGAGAUACCUUUGGCCAGCCAGACACCGUCACUUACCACAACAUCCAAUACUUUCUGGACCGCUUCUACACCAGCCGCAUCUCCAUCCGCAUGCUCAUCAACCAGCACACUCUGAUCUUCAGUGGCACCACAAAUCCUGCCCACCCCAACAGCAUUGGCUGUAUUGACUCCAUGUGUGAUGUAACGGAGGUUGCACGAGAUGCCUAUGAGAGCGCUAAGCUGCUGUGUGAACAGUACUACCUGGGAGCACCGGAGCUGGAGCUGACACAGAUAAAUGGUGAGACAGGUGACUGUGAUAAAACACACUCUCAUAGCUUUUAUUGUGUUUGUGAACAGAGCAUGACUGUUUUCUUUCCUGUCUUAGCCAGCAACAUCAGAAAGCCCAUCCAGAUCACAUACAUCCCAUCCCACCUGUACCACAUGCUCUUUGAGCUCUUCAAGAAUGCAAUGAGAGCAACCAUCGAGAACCAUGAGGCCAGCAGCUUCCUUCCACCCAUCAAAGUCAUGAUUGCUCUCGGUGGAGAGGACCUUUCAAUCACGAUGAGUGACAGAGGAGGCGGCGUUCCCUUCAGAAAGACAGAAUGUCUCUUCAGCUACAUGUACUCAACAGCUCCCAGGCCCUGCAUAGGAGACAAAUACAGAGCCCCACUGGCAGGGUUUGGCUAUGGUUUGCCCAUCUCUCGCCUCUAUGCACGCUACUUCCAGGGAGACUUACAGCUCUACUCUAUGGAGGGCUAUGGCACAGAGACUGUCAUACACCUCAAGGCCUUGUCUACGGACUCUGUAGAGAGACUGCCAGUUUUUAAUAAGACUGCUCUAAGACACUACAAGCUCAGUUUGGAGGCAGAUGAUUGGUGCAUUCCCUCCAAGGAGCCAUUGGACCUUGCAGCCUACCAUGCAGACAAAUGACCUGACAUGACUUCUGACACAAACAGUUACUACUUGAACAUAAAGUGUCCUUCAAAGAUGGGACACGGUAGAACCAGAACUCUUAUCCUUGUGGCUGAGCUGAAAAGAUGAAAACUGGCCAGAGUGGAGGACUCUUUGUCCCCACCCCUACCCCCCCUCUCCUAUGAAAGGAAGAGAGCAGUGGGGUUGGCAUGAUGAGUGUAUGUGGUGUGCAGUUGACUGGUGUUAUCGGAAAACAUUUAUUCCAAGAUAUUUGGAAGCAGCAUUAAGUGUUCAGAUCAAAGAAGCAGUGACAUGUUUUAAAGGGUUUUGCUAUGUCUUGAACAAAAAGUUGCCUUCCAGCUUAUUCCAACUCUUACCUCAUACUUUUAACCCAAAUGUUAGUGAUCAGAAUUUCUUAGCAUGCAUGCUCAGCCUUCUGGCUCUUGAAGUUUCAAUAAGUUCUUAUUCCCCACAGAAACAAUGUCUGCUUUGGCAUUUACACCUCGAUAUUUUAUUUAUUUUAGUUUUUUCACAAGAACAUUUCAUCAGUGCCAAGGACACACUAUGCAAACCGUUGUUUGUCUUGAACAAAGUGCAUCAGACUUUUGUGGUCCUGAGUAAGUUUAAGAUGGAGAACAAAGAGUUGAGCUGCUUGAUGGAAUCCAGGUUAGAGUUUAGGAGUUAAAGUCACGCUGUCACAAAGUUACACAAAUGUGCCUUCUGCUGACUUCAUUCUUUAUCUUAAGAAAAUUGAAUAACUGUUUUAAUGUAUAUUGUGAUUUCCUGUGUGUAUUCACAGACCUGUGUGUGUUACUGGUCAUUUGUUGUGACUGUAUUCUACUGCACUGUAAAUUUGAAGUGUUCAUAUUAG